CCGAUCAUCUCGCAGGAACUGCUUGCUGGGGGAGCAGCUGGAGGCCUGGCGAAGACAAUGGUCGCCCCUCUCGAAAGGGUCAAGAUCCUCUUUCAGACGGGCCGCAUGCGUGGCAAAGGAGUAGGAGAGACCUUAAGGAACAUCUUGGAGAAGGAGGGCGUCGGUGGGCUAUUUCGGGGCAAUGGGGCGAGCGUGCUACGGAUAGUGCCCUAUGCUGCGCUGCACUUUGGCGCGUACGAGUACUAUCGGGAGCUGCUAGUGAAGGCUGCGGCAGCUUCCGUGGGCAAGGGUGUGGUGGAGUAUGAUGUGCCGCCCGCUCUGGACCUUGUGGCCGGGUCCGCUGCCGGCGCGACAGCUGUGCUGGUCACGUACCCGCUGGACCUUGUCAGGACGCGGCUGGCCUACGACACAGAGGCGAACGGACCGGUGCCGCGGGUGCGGUUGACGAUCCGCGGCGUGCUGGCGGCGACGGUGCGACAGGAGGGAGCCCUUGGGCUGUACCGUGGCAUCGGCCCCACACUGUGCGGCAUCCUGCCCUAUGCGGGCCUCAAAUUCUACGUCUACCAAAGCCUAAAACAACAGUAUCGCAGGUGGCCUGGGGAGCAUCACUUGCAGAAGCUGCCGGUGGGCGUCAUGCUGACCUUUGGCGCCUGCUCCGGCCUUGUGGCGCAGACCUUCACCUACCCGCUGGACGUGGUUCGCCGCCAGAUGCAGGUACAGCAUCUGAUUGACUGGCAGGCGACGCAACAGAUUCGGUCGACAUGGCAGGGGUUGCGCCUCAUUAUAUCUCAGCAGGGAUCGCGCGCACUCUUCGCCGGGCUCAGCUUGAACUAUAUGAAGGUUGUGCCAUCGACUGCAAUUGGCUUCACGAUCUACGACGCCCUGAAACAUUACCUGGGCCUGCCGCAGCACCUUUAG